GGAGCCUGCUUGGGAACCCAUUCAAAGACAAAGGGUGACAAAUUUGGAUAUUAUGGCUACAUGCAUAGUGUCAUUGCAAUCUCACUCUUAUGUAAGAUUGCAACCCUGAGAUCAUUUACCUCAGACAAGUUAGAAUACUGGAGAGAGAGAUCAAGUGGUUUUAGACACGUCUUUCCGUUCAAAUUUUGAAAUAACAAUAGCUCCAUACAUUUGAGGUAUAUGCAGUUUGCUUCCAACCCAGUCCUGCACAGUUGUGGUGCGUUCUUUUUUCCCGUUGUUCUGACUCUCAUCGCGAACCAGGAUGCGGAUGACAAGGUUGGGAAGUAUAUAGGAAGGUUUUGUUAUCCAAAGUGGGCUUUAGAAGCCUUUGUUACUGCAAAUGCACAAAGAUUCUCUGGAGUAUGGUUGAUAACCCGUUGUGGAGCAUUAAUGAAGCUGGGUUACGAUGUUCAUGAUUGGACGAGAUGUCUUCUUCUACGUAAACUUAAAACAAUCUAAUCAAAUUACCAAAUCAAUGCUGAUGUUGUUGAUGACCUGGAUUUGCAUGCUAAUCAUGAAGAUGAGCCACUUAUACUCAAUGUUGAUGUUGUGGAUGACCUGGAUUUGCAUGCUAAUCAUGAAGAUGAGUGUGGACACCGCCAAGUGCACGAGGGAAUCACAAGAAGAAUGAGAAGCUUUGUUCGGGCAAGAUGAUUUGCUACUACUAUAUAUGUUUAAACUUAAUAAUAGUAGAAAACUGAGACUAAGUUUAAAGAGCACUUGGUUCCCCUAAAAUAUAUGGGAGAAUUGAAGUGCUAAUCAAUAUGGUGAGGUUAU